GCGGAAGAUGGGAAUGGGAAAUACGGGGAGAGGUGGGAGGGAGGGGAGAACGUUUGAGGCGCUGUCACUCUCACCCUUUCCCCUCCACUCAGUAUUCAGGCCGAGUCAGAUAAUACACCCCCGACCACGAUGACUCCCCUGGACACAUCCUCAGCGCAGCGCAGUGGGAGGCAUAUUCCACCGCAACCGUGCAGCGAUGAGUCCCCUCCACCACGCGAUCACAGACGACUGACUGCACACAGAAAAACGCACCAACCAGGCGAUCAUGAGAAGUUGUAUCCGCGGGGUAUCAUUGGUCCCAUGGGACAUUUUGGCUAUGGGGGGGGGGGUAGAGUAGACCGGAGGAGGGAUGGUAGGGCUGUGCCCCUCUCAUCCCCUCUAUCCCCUCUAUCCCCUCUAUCCCCUCUAUCCCCUCUAUCCCCUCUAUCCCCUCUAAUCCCCAUCCCCUCCCCACCAGGUGGUGGUGGUGGUGAUGACGACGAUGACGAUGAUGAUGGGUGCGGUGAUGGGUACCAGUGACCUCAGUUCUGGCGACGGUAAUCGCGGGGUAAACGGUCGUCCCACCCGCGACGAUGACGAUAUCCCACCUCGCCGGUGAGGGAAUCACCCUCACCGAGAACGAAAGCAGCUCCGCAAACCCUUCAAACUCGUGCCUUUGUAUGCAGGGCACAUGUCCACGUCGACGGUUGCAGUGUCCCAUCUCCCAUCUCCCAUCUCCCAUCUCCCAUCUCCCAUCUCCCAUCUCCCAUCUCCCAUCUCCCAUCUCCCAUCUCCCAUCUCCCAUCUCCCAUCUCCCAUCUCCCAUCUC